AUGCUACAGUCUGCUAUGACUCCCAUUCAUGCGCAAGUACUUCAACACUUUGACAAACAGAUCGCUGUAUUGAAUGUCAGCACAAUGGACAUGUAUUUGCCGGAGUUCACCAAAGAGGAGGAUACUGCCAUUGUGAGCGACCCAUGGAGUCCAGACACGGUUUAUACCGCACAAGCAUUCGAUGGGGACCUUGGGAGUACAUGCCCCUUAGAAGCGAUGAUCUGCGAAUGUGCCGAAGUUCGGUACGGCAUCAGUGCCGGAGACGUCGACAAGAUCUUUUACAUCAACAACUUGACGGGAGAUGUAUACGUUCGGGAAGCUUCCCGCGUUGUGUCCGGAAGAACAUAUAAUUUGACCAUCACAGCAACGACCUCAAGAGGACAGAUGACCACGUCACCGAAUGCGCACAUGAAGCUUAAAAUUGUCAUUGACGAUCUGCACCACCAUUUGGCUCAAGUUCUCCGGCAGAAUGCUCUCACCUGGCUAGGAGACGAUAUGAUCGAAGAAUCUGAAAGUCACCUCAGAGAGAAAAGAAGUGCAAAAAAUGAAAAUUUCAUGACUGAAUUCAAUUUCACUCUCCUCAAUGGGGAACUGGAAACCAUGGAAGUCGGCAGACGUCUGGACUUCCGACUUGAAAUCAUGAUUCCAAAAACUGAUGGCAUGGACUUGACGGUAGAGUUCUUUACAAAGGACAUUGGCAACGGAAACUACACUCCAGUUUUGGCAUUGUUCAAUGUCAAAGUGGAAGACAAACCUGAUGGAUUAUCUUACACGAAGGGCAAAGAACCUCACAUUGAAAUGUUGUUGAGCGAUGAAGUAAUGACGGCGUACGACAGAGCCAUAGUCACAUUUGGAGAAGUGAAAAAUACCAACGAUGGCCCAGUUCCUAUCUAUAUGUUAUUCUCAGUCACUCAAAUCAAGAACAUGGGAACAGUUUUCGAAACUAAAUAUCUUGUAACAGCUGGUGCGGAGUAUGAUAAAGAAACCUAUGUCUGGGUUGGACAAUCCGAAGUUACGGUGCAUAAUUCAACAGAUGACAAACAAGUUGAAGUUGAUAUUCUUGGGCCGAAGGAGAUUCCAAUGGACAGCGCAGGGGUGUACGUCAUGGUAACACAUUGCGCUGUUCGUUCAGAUAACUUCACGUUUGAAAUCACGGGUCCAGAUGAGAGAGAAGUAAUAACAGUCGGAAACCUGGGUGUUAAAGAUUUCGAUAAAAAUUAUGAUCCAGUUCCUCAAAGCAUAUAUUUCUACAACACAACAAAAGUGGGUUCGGAUGAUGAUGUCAUCUAUACAUCUGCUAGUCUUAAUCUUGGAAUCAUGACAAAUGUUGGAAAUUACCAAGGCCCGAGAGAUGAAGGAAAUGUAAUUAAUAUUACUUUCGCAAUUUAUGCUUUAAACAAUGAGACUCAUCUGGAAAAAGAGGUGCAGUUCAUUGCAAAAGUCAUCGUUGGAAGAGAAACGUUAUACGAUGCACCUUUUACCGUUAAACUCGUGCCGAGAAAAGAUGCAGACCAAAUGGUCACAGUGCGAACCACUAAGGGAGACCUAUCCACGACAGAAGUUGGGGUAGGAGACAUGGCAAUGUACACGCUCUGGUCCAAUCUCACCAACAAUGGUUACGCUGAUUACGUGUUAGAAGUAGACGUCAUGCGUUAUAAAGGCAUACCCAGGCUGGAGGCUUGUUCAGCUAGACUUUGGCACUACAAAGGAAGCUUCGAUGUGCCAUACCUCAACACAACUUUCAUCGAUCCAGAAAUUGUCGAUGAUAAGUUUAUAUUCAGGUUCAACAGGAUUCACGUCACUGGGCAGAGAACUCCUUCCAUCUACAAUGAUUCCAUGAUGUACGUUCAUCUCAUCAUGAAAAUCAGUGCUUUGCCUGUGAACAAAGAAGGGACAAGACUCACGCCAACCAUUAAAAUCGGAACUCAAGGAAAACCAGAUCAUUCAGUCGCGGUUCCAGGACUUGAAAUUAAAAAGAUAUCAGAUUAUCAAGCACCCGCAAUGAUGGUAGAGAACGGAGUUGCGUGGCCAUACUUGUAUGUCGGUGGUGCCGUCGUGCUCAAUAUUACAAUGGUGGUGCCACAAGGACAUGGAGAUCCUAAAAACCGCCUUAAACCAGACAUGACGAGCAUCAUGCUGGGAGAUGUGGGCGCUCUUCCAGUGGAAGGAAAGAACUUCGCCACUGUGUCCGUCGUCGUGGAAUUGCCCGAAGGAGUCAUAAUCAAGGAUGAUGAGCAAUACCCCAUCAGUUCAGGUCUGUUGAUAUCCACCAACACGAUAUGGAGCGCCAUGGCUAACUACUCCAUGAAGAAAGGUCCGCCACCACCUCUAGAAGAGACUGACUGGCCCGAUGCUAUUGCAAUUCAUGAUGAAAAUCAGAAAGUAAUUCCGGGACAUUUGGCAGAAGUUGAAGUACAUGUAAUGACGAAAAUACAGACGAUAUCAGAAGUAGUCAUUGAAGUGGAAGGUACCACCAGGGAUAUCAGUCUUUGCGGUUUAAAAGUGAAAUCCUUCGGAAGAAACAUGCCAUGCAUUGACAUGGAAACCGAACCCUUCUAUCACCCUCAUGAAAAUCCACUGGAUGGCAACAAAAUAGCUGGUCUCAAGUUCUCAGCAUUGUCAAAUAUUGGUUUUCGCUCUGACAAAGAGCACGACACCUUGAAAGUGCUAGCUCUGGUACGAGUUGGACCUUCGUGCAAACAACCAGAAACCGAACUUCAAUGGCGAGUCGCUUUCGGCGGAGGAAAAAGGGAAGGCAGUGCCAAAAUCAAAGUUAAUCUUGAUGCAGAUGCAGCUGGAGGGACAGUGGAAGCAAAAGAACCGAAAGCAUUAGCGUUUAAGUCUGCUUAUCCCAACAGAGCCAUUUCAAUAGGUAGUCCAGUGGUGGUGGACUUAGAAGUGUCUUUGGAGCCAGGAUCUUUAGCACCCGUCGUAGUAGAACUUAGGAACGCAGACGCAUCAAAAAAGCGACUUCCAUACGACAUAUGCUUAGGAGGAAUAUGGUUCAGAGGCAAAAAUUAUCCUUGCUUUUCUCCGGUGCAAGUAACGAGUAACUUUUCAUCUAGUGACUCUGAAAACGACGGCCGAAAUGACACCGCAGUGUACAAUCUUGGUUUAGUCUGCAACACAUUUGUUAGCAGUGAAGAAAAAGAAAAUAAGGUAACAGUUCGAAUGGCAAUGCGACCCACAGAUGAUGGAUCUUUGAAAAUUCGAGACACAUUUGCCGUAGAAGGAUACGCUAGUGUGGGAUCGCAUCAUAAGAAAAUUGAUACCGUCAAGUUCAGCAUAGCUCGAGAACCUGAUCAAAUAGAAACGAAGGUAAACGCUACGGUGAAACUGGUGCACGAAGACCCCGUCCCAAUUAGAAUCCACCAACGACUGUGGAUUCCCUUCAACAUCUCUAUUCCUGUUGAUGCCGUUGUCAAAGUAGAGGCAGAAGCAAGAGCCCCAUACAAAGACCAGCGAGCUAUCCUCACGGUCCACGACAUUCGCCUGGUAUCAGGUGGAAUCAACAUCCCAUGCCCCAUGCUCUAUCCACAGCCCAAGGUCACCUUUAAUCCUACUGGACCAACAACGCAGAAAGAUGUCAUAAGAGCUUAUGUAGGAUAUUUCACCAAUUUGGGUUUAAGCCACAAAAUGAACAUGGCACAAGAAGGCGAUGAUGAUUUGACUUUGGAGGUUCUCGUAGAGAUGUCCGAUCACCCACUUACAAACAAUGAAAAAAUAUUCAAACUAAAAUUCAUUGCCGAGGUUGGAAAGGCAGUCAUUGAUAUUGAACAGCCCAUGGAAGUACGAAGAGACGGCACAGAAAGACCAGAUCUAGAUGUCAAAGUUCUGGUUGACAAUAAAAAACCUUAUCAGAGUGGCGAUACAAUUAACGUAACCGUGACAGUGGAACACAAGAAUGAGUCUACAGCCGAGCCAAUAAAUGCAACUGUCCGUCUUUAUUUGCCACCUUAUGUGGAAUAUGAUAACAAAGCUUUCUUCAAUGUGACUUCAGUUGGGACCGUUCAAUUUUUACCGGAAUUCGGAGGACUAGACAUUGUGAUUCCACAAUUCUUGUUCUCGGACACAGCGACAGUGACAGUUAGUCUCCUUGCGGAUCCCAAAAACGAAAGAGGUUUCGGUCGUGGCGAAGUAAACGCAACGACACCGUACAGGGUCCUUUGCAUGCAAACAUUCCGGGAAGAACCUUCACCUAAUCCUGAAUCCGCUGAAACAAUUGUCAACUGUGGACCCACCGAUUACAUUAUGUACAUUGUAAACAGUCAAGAGUGCUACAAAAACCUAGGUCUGAACAGUGCCAAGAAAAUAUACAAGUGUCAAUUAAGUGCCUCAUCUGCCGCAAAGAGGGAGACUGGUCCGUACAAUAUUAGGACCGGCAGUAAGAAAGGAUGGUCGCCAGCUCUUCGUUUAGGUCCGCAUAAACCAUAUUUCCAAGUUGACUUCCUGCGAACUACCAGGGUGUCGAAGCUGGAAUUCAUGAAAGUUGACGACACCAGGAUGGUCACCAAGUAUCGGCUACAGUACAGUCACACCGGCUCUGACUGGUUAUAUGCCAAUGAGGUGACUGAACUCGUUUACAAGAAAACUAGUGCAUUCGACGAGCUUGAGAAGCCAAUUCAGACAAGAUUCGUCAGGGUUAUCGUGGAAGAGGCCGAGAAAGGAGAAGAGAAUGCUAUGUACAUUGGGCUGAAGAUGGAAAUGUAUGGCUGCUAUAUUGGCGAAAAAUCGCCAUCAGUUCAAUGUGCGAAACAUGACCCUACAUGGUAUUCCGACGAUAAAAAUAAAUAUGGAAGACACUUUUCAGUGGAUUCAGGAAGGGAUAUUGUUUAUUUCUGCGAUCUUGAAUAUGAUAUGGAAAAUCUUGUGUGUUUCUCAUCAACAGACGCAGGAUCGUCCUGGAGAAUACUGCCGAGAAGUGUCGGUGGUGUGCUUGGCUGGGACAAGAAGUCGGGACGGACGUAUGCGUUCGACAAGAGGAACCGAGCGCACCUUGCCAGCGAUGACGGCGUCACGUGGAUAGCGGUGGAUGACGCAGAGGUCAACAACACGGUUAUCAAGAAGACUUUCUCCAGGAGUCAGCCGGUCCCGGCUUUCACAUCGGAAGACAUCGAAAUGCUGGAAACGAAGACGGGUCGGUGGGAAGCAACUUUUGAUGGUUUGAUGUAUGAAGGAAAACCAGAUCCAAAGGCAAGAUGGAGCAGAUGUUGCAAAAUGACCUAAUAAAACGUGGAGGUUUUCGAACAACACUUUGUUGCUUUUAUACAGGAGAGCACAUCGUCUUAAACUAGAACACUUUUUAGAGAUUCGAAAGGAACUCACUUAAAUAGCGAUACUUUUAACCAUCAUCAAGACUACAUCCAGAACAAUCGACGACUCCUUUGUGUCAAAAUGAAAAAAGAACAAAAUUAGAAACUAUUUUUGGAGUUCAAUUAAUUUUUGUGUUUUUCAACGUAUAUUUAUUUAUUGAACAC